AUGAGCGUCCGCAACGCUUUCCUUUACGCCUUUCAACUUGCGAUCAUAGCGCUUCUUUGUCGAUGUCGCGAGUCCGAGUUGGAGGAUGGCUGUGAAGUUCAAUAGUUCAUGUACGAUUGCAAGAAUAUCGCAGCGAACUAGUCCGUUUUACCUAACCUAGGAGGCAUCCAGCCGGGUGACACAGUGCACAAAUUGUUUUAAUUUAUCUGUCAAAACUUUGUUUCACAGAAUAAAGCCUGCGAACAAAAAUGAAACCAAAAAGAGAGGACCAAAAUAAAAAGAAAAACUAAAAUCUAACAAUGUGCGGAAAGUUAUUUCAGAUCAACAUGACAGCAAUUAGGGUCUAGCUCCAAUUAUGGGACGCGGUUGUUGCUCUAUUCGAAAAGGGAGUCACUUCAAAACACGAAGAAACGAAUAUUUUUCCAAUGGGAAGGGAAGAGUCAGCAAAACUUUUAAGACAAUUUGUUUUCGUUUUUGGAAAAUCAGUUGCUCGAGCGCUCCACUGAUUGAAAAAUGAUAAGCAAAAAGACUAAAGUAGAAAGAAAAAAUCCGUAGAAGAAAAGCAGUGUUUCGGAUCGUUUGGAAAUCUUCACAAUUUUCAUCGAAUAAAAAAAAGCUCUCCGUUUAUUCAGGUUUGAAUGAAAACUUUCUAGAUGCCCGUCGCCCUCCUACGAAAUUUCAAAACUCCUCGCACGUGAUGUUGACCGGCGGCACCGUCUAAAGCGCGCGGGUUACUGUAUGAAAUAAUGUUCAUCCACUGUGUAUUGCACGGCACACAAUGUGUUUUACGCGUAUAAUAUUUUUUUUUUUUCAAUAUUGGUUUUCCAUUAAUCCAAUUUUUUCUUAAUUUUCCAGCUCUCUCACUUCUUAUUUUAAUUUUUCUCAUUUUAUUCAACUAAUCAGUGUUUUUGGGUAAAGAUUUUCGCAGUUUUUUUGCGAGUUUUUUUAUUUUAAACUUUUUUUUAAUGUUGAAGGUUAUUUUUGUUGGUCGACUUUUCGAUGCUUUUUUUGGAAAAAAAGAAUAUUCCACGCAUGUUAAAGACAGUGCUACGGUUCCCGGCGGCUGGUCAAUAUUGCGCCGUCAGUUUCGGAAGCAGGACAUUUUUUUAUUCAUUUAUUUUUUUUGCAAUUUGUUAGGGACCUAUUUUUCGAGGUUACUCAGUAAGUUACGUGACAAAAAGUGUACAAGCUUUCAUUUUAUUACCGAAAAACCUAUCUAAACUGUCUUUCUAUAUCUUCCUAUGUCCUGUUCCACUUAACAAUAGUUUCAUAAAAAAACAAAAGUACACUUUCUAACUGAAGUUUGUGAAAAAUAAUUCAAAAUUUCCAUUUAGAAUUUUUUUUUGCCAUGCUAAAAAAUGGAUAAACUUCUUCUUCUUCUUCCCUACGCCGUGGUACCGCUUGAACGGUGUCGGCGCCCCAAGUCGAUUAGCCGAGAUCCUAUCCUGAUAUCAGUAAUAAUCAAUUGACUGACUCUAGUCACAUAUCUGUCCUUGUGUGUGUGUGACGGCUGGGGAUUUUUGAAGUCGUGAUUUCUCACGAAAACUGGAUAAAACAGAAUUCAAAGAAAAAUUUUUUUUAAUACAAUAGAGCGCUUCUAAAAAAAAUUGCGAAACUAUCUCAUUAUAAUGUAACUUUUUUCGUCCCACUCGGGUAAAACGGGAAAGCUCCUCGAAAGCUUUUUUCAAUCUUUCCGACUCUUCAACAGGUUUGGGCUUGUUUUCCGCCAUUUGGUUUCAGUCUGAUUUGGAAAAAAGGCAUUUUUCACUCUUGUAUCUUUUUCGAAUUUUCAAAAAUUAUUAAAAUAAUGCUGCAAAUCAACUGCGAAGAUUAUAGGCGGUUCAAAAAAGGUUCUAUGACACGCCUGUUUAAGGUGGCCGGUCGUAUUACGGUAGUUUGGAUAGCUUUUUCUGUAACAAAACGAAAACUUGUGCACUUUUUAGGACGUAACGUACCUUGUAACCUCUAGAAAUAGCUCCUUAACAAAUUGCAAAAAAGAUAGAAAAUUAAAAAAAAUUUCCUGGCUCCGAAACUGGCGGCGCAAUAUUGACCGGCCACCGGCCGCCGUAGUACUGUCUCAAACAUGCGUGAUGAGGCUAUGAAAACGUGCUCAAAGUCCUUCUCCUAUCAUUUAAAGAGCUUCUAGCGGAACCUCCUUUUGAGGAUCCUAAAAAGAAAUUUUCCGUUUUACCUUUGUACAGAAGCGUGAGAAACCUACGAAUGCAAAUUUGUAACAAAACUUUUUUGAAACUUACGUAUAGUGGAUUUUCGAAUCUUUUUUAGAAUUCUUGAAUCACCUGUGCACUGAAUUCCUAGGUCUAACAGAGAGGGCGCGAUCCCAUAGGAAAUCUCUUCAUGGUUCGACCGCCUUUUUUUCUUGCAUCGACGAAAAAUUGACAUUGCUAGGAAGAUUCUUUGAAACAAUUAAUUUGGAAACGGAUAGUUUGUUUAAAUUUCUCCUUUUUUCGAUUAUACCACUUUCUGACGCUUUUUACCGGUCAAUCGGCGUAUCUAUAAAAAUAAUUGACGGUGUGGACUCUCGAAUUCGAUCGGCUAAUAGUCAAUCAAUGAAUAGCAUACAGAGGCCAACUUUCUGGUAUUCCAAUACUAUUUUUGUGCAUUCCGAUACUAUCUCCAUCUGGAUUGGCGAGAAUUGGAGAAUCUUUGAAAGUAUGCUGCCGAAGUGCAUAUUUAUAGCUAUCUCAUCGCGUAUCUUGUUUAUUGACUGACGUUGUGGACACCCCGAUUGACCGCCGUCAAAACUUAUUCAUUCAAAAAUCUCUUUAAACAAGGAUCAUAAUAAAAGAAAAAAAAAACUCUUUCGUUCACGUAAUUUCAAAAUAAACUUGGAUAAGAAUUAAAAAACAUGUUUUCUGUAUAUAAAUAUUAAUAUAUACACCUUCUGGGGAACUGGAGUUGUACUUCAAAUCCUAAUUUUAAAUCCACAAAUCGUUUUGAAUGCCUUUUAGCUAGAAAUUUCAUCAAUCAAACUAGCUGAUCGUAAAAAUAUUGAGACGCGCAGUGUGAGAUUUCAUUUAUAAUUAAUGAGUGUUUUCGUGUAGAACUGGUCCAAUAAACGAUCGACGGAACAUUUGGUGGACCUCCUGCGGCCGCUGAAGCUGCGGUGUCUGCGUCUCGACUUCUCGUUGCCGAUGGCGCUUAUCGAUUUUGCUCGUUGCUCUCUCCUGCCGGUCCGCGAGAAACACACCCCAAUACGACUGAAUUUUAUUCUGAAAUUGCUUUCUCAACUACGAUUUCUCGGAAAACAGAUUAUUGAAACUUUCUUUUCUUCUCGUACUUCAAUUCAACCGGGACCUCUCUUUUCAAAUUAAUUUUAGUUUUUUCUUUCAAAAAUGUUAUUCACUUUGAUACCUCUGUCCAGUUAUUGAUUAUUCUGGUUUUUUUCCAAAUGAAUCUUAUCGGUUCUAAUGCUUCAAAUUCAGUGCGGUUUCUCUUUUUUUUUCUUUAACCCAGUGUUUUUUUUUAUAUUGUAGUUCAAAUUUCGCGGUUAGCACCAAAAAUGUUGAAAAGGGAGUAUUAGUUUCCUGAAGUAAACUCGAAAAACAUUUUUUUGAUUAUAGAUUUGCAGGAACUAGUACUGAGAAAGCAGCUAAAAGGACAUCAGACAACGUUUUUCUAUCGAUCGUAGAUAUCGACGUGGAUAUAAUCUAAAAUGGUAAAUUUAGUUUCCGUUCAAAAAAAAAAUUUUGUUGUCAUGAGCAGGUUUAGUAAAUGAAAGAAUGAUCGUUUUUGAUUUAGGGUAACGAAAGCUCUCUUCCCAUGGAAAUGUGCAGCAAUUGUCAGUUUCAAAAUGAGUUUUUUUAAUUUUUAAAUUUGCAGUCGAUGCUUACGAGCUUCGGAGAUUGGCUCGCCGUUUCAAAAAAACUCGAUAUUGACGGCUCCGGCUCACUUUCUGUCGAGGUUGUUUUUCAUAGUCAUAUCAAUUUUUUUCUAAAAAAAGUUAAAAAUUUUUUUAAAUCAUCUCCAAUGAAUAUCUGAACUUUAUGAAGAAACGGUUUGCUGCGUUAAUAUUAAAUCAAAUGACUUCUGAAUCUUCAUUUGCAGGAGUUCAUGUCGCUGCCGGAGCUACAACAGAACCCCCUGGUCCAAAGAGUCAUCGAUAUUUUUGACGAAGAUGGAAACGGAGAAGUCGAUUUCCGCGGUUUUUAUUUCGUUUUUUGAACUAUUUAAAAAAAUAAAUUUAGAGUUCAUCCAAGGAAUUUCACAGUUCAGUGUUAAAGGCGACAAAAACAUCAAGCUAAGAUGUAGUUUUUAAAAUUUUUCUCCUAAUUCAAUUGUUUUCUUUUCAGUUGCUUUUCGUAUAUACGACAUGGACAGAGACGGUUUCAUUUCAAACGGGGAGCUUUUUCAGGUUACUUUUGAAUUUUCACUCACCAUAUCUUAUUUUUUCAUUCUAGGUGCUCAAAAUGAUGGUCGGGAACAACUUGAAAGAUUCGCAGCUUCAGCAAAUCGUUGACAAGACAAUUUUGUUCCACGACAAAGACGGUGAUGGGAAAAUCUCUUUCCAGGAGUUUUGCGACGUCAGUUUUUUUCGUUUGUGAUUUGGGCUUUCUAAUGGUGAUUUAACGAAUGCAGAGAAAUACCAGUACGCAUGAAAAAUCAGAAAAAACGAACUUUCUCAUUGAUUUAAUUCAAUUUAUAACUCUUAGAAAAGUAUCGAUCGGUGAAUUUAUCACGAAUUCAGUUUCUUGCAGUUGAAUGAACUAACAAACUGACAUCGAUUUCUUCUCACCUCGUAGUCCAUUAGAGGAAUCGAAAUCGAUUUGAGAGCUUCCUGAGCUCCUCAUCUUCUUGCGGAUUUCAGUUGCCCCGUGUUACUCUUUGCUUUCCACGCUAAACGCACUGAUCCUUCUCAUCUUCUUUUCGGAUUUUCCUUCUCUCUUUUAAUCUUCUGCUCGCCUCCACAUUUUCUUAAUGGCUUCUCUGCCGUCCAUGUAUCUGCUUUCCGAAAACCACAAAAUUUUUUUCAAUAAGAGUCUUGGAAACAGUUGAGCUUUUGGAGUUCCACUCAAUACUUUUUUUGAGAUUUUUUCGAUCUUGAUUCGUCAUACAAAAAAAGUACGAAAAAUUGAUAAUUCAAAAAAUUGAAAGAAUUGAAAAUGUAAUACAAUGAGGUUAUUUGGAGAAAGUUCAGGUUGUGGAACAUACGGAAGUUCACAAGAAGAUGGUGCUCGAGAACAUCUGA